AUGUCAUCAACAUCUAGAAAUGAGAAAUCAGAUACAGAAUUAAUUAAAGAAUUAAAGAAAACAAAUGAAAUAUUACUUGCUGGAAUAGAAACACGUGAACAACAAUUAACUGAAAAAGAUAGAACAAUUAAAGAAUUGAGAGGAUUAGAAAAAGAAAAUGAGAUAUUAAAAUUAAAGAUUUCAAAUGAAGAAGGAUAUAAACAGAAAAUACACGAAUUAAGCACUAAACAAGAAAAUGAUUCAAAAGAAAUAAUUCGUUUGAAAAAAAGAGUAAAUGAAUUAAUUGAUAAAAUUAAUGAAACUGAAAAUGAAAGAAAUUCAAUUAUAAAGAAUAACAAUAACACUUUAGAACAACUCAAAAGAUUAACAGAUGAAAACAAAGAAUUAAACAAAAGGAUUCAAAAUAUACAACAGAAUAAAAGUGAUAUUCCAUCUAAUGUUUAUAAUAAUCUAAAUAAAGAGUAUGAAAAAUCUAAACAAACAAUUGUUAAUAUUCAAAAUAUACUUAAAACAAAAGAUGAAGAAAUAAAGAAAUUAAAUGAUGAAUAUGAAAAAAUACGUGAAUAUAACACAAUAUUAUUAAAAUCAAAUAAAGUUAAUGAAGAUCAUAUUAAUUCAUUAGGAGAAACAAUCAACAUAUUAUUAGAAGAAAUUAAAACUUUAAAUAAAAAUAAAGAAAUUCAACAACAUACCUCUAUUGAUUGUAAUAAUCAAUCUAAUAACUUAUACAUCAAGUUAAAUAUCCCAAUACAUACAAGUACUAAUGGAAUUAGUGCAAAAAUAAUAUCUCAGAACUAA